CUCUCUCUCUCUCUCUUCUGUCAAAACAAAGUAUACAUACAAUCGUCCUGUCUCUAUCGUACCCACCACAAAUCCACAUUUCAAUUCUCAUUCUCUCUCGCAAUUCGUGAAGUCUCGACUCUCAGCUUUUUAUCUCUCUGUCUCUCUCUCCUCUCAGAUACUUGGCAGUCUACAGUAAGAGAGGGAAUAAGGAAAAUGGACGAAAAAAUGGUGGAUGAUACUGUGAAUGAGGAGGAGGUGGAGUACAACUUCACGGCUUAUGAGAUUGAUCUCGACUAUGAGUUCGACGCCUCUCGCUUCUUUGACUUCAGCCGAGCCGAGUCGCCUCUAGAGGCGCGUCAGGCGGAACUCUGGUUCGACUCCGCUGGAAGCUACCCGCCUUCACCUUUUGUGGCGAGGUUGGUUCCACGAGAGGAAAUUCUGAUGGGAAAUAUUAAUAUCUCCCCCAAAUCUAAAGGUGUAGAGAGCAUGAACUUGUGUGAGGGUGACUCUGAUGUUGAGGUGGACCGUGAAAUUUCUGCUAUGGGGACUCAAUAUGGAGAUGGAGAAGGACAAGAUAAGGAAACUUCCUCCACUGUACAUAUUGCCAGCCAGCAAAAGUUUCAGGAUCAUUCCCAGAAAUUACCCUCAGGAUUAACAUUUUACAAUCACAUGGAAAAAAAUGUAAACUCACAAAAUCAAACUAAGCUGUCAAUGAAACCUACUUGCCCGAGGACUUCAACUCUUAUGAAGCCAACAGCAAGUCAAUUGGCCAAGCAAAAUCGUCCUUUUCAGGCUGGUUAUUCUAGGUCACACACGUCCGUCUUAGAUAAAACAUCUAAAAGCUCAGCUAGCACUAGUGUGAUUGAGAACCAAGCUGCAAAAAGACAAAAGCUUGAGGGUGGUCUUCUGUGGAAGGUUGCCGGUACAGUGCAGCUGCAGCAAACUAAUUUUGUACAUAAGGUGCCCCAGCGGGAUGGAUUCCUUGAUGGAAGCACGAGCCGUGUUAAGCCAAGGAUCACUAUUCCUAGAGAUCCAGAACUUGAAACAGCACAGAGGGCCCAAAGGACAAGGACAAAGAGUAGUAAAGAAGAAACAGUGACUUCAACUGUUCGUAGAUUCAAAGCUCUUCCACUAAAUAGAAAAAUUCUUGAAGCCCCUUCAUUACUUCCAAAGAGAAGCACUCCUCGCCUACCUGAUUUUCAGGAAUUUCACUUGAAGACAUCAGAGAGGGCAAUGCAACAUAGCUCAGCAGUUCUAAAGUCUACAGUCCCUUGCAAUCUUUCUGAUAAGCAGGAAUUACCCAAAUGCACCAGUAACUCAACCAUAGAUCAUGGAAACCGAGAACCUGGAAGACCCAGCCUUAUGAAUAAUGCUUCAAGGCCAGAUGGUUGCCAGUCAUCUCACAGCUUCAAAGCUCUUCCCCUCAAUAAGAAGAUAUUGACUAGCAAGGGGGAUCUUGGAAUUUUCAGAAAUAACAAGAAGGAAACCACAGUGCCAAUGGAAUUCAAUUUCCAAACUGAUAAGAGAUUUCAUAAUAAUCUUCCUAUCGAACAAUUCAACAAGCUCUCUCUGGCAUCUGAAACCCAACCAGUUGCUAAUUCUGAGUCUAAAGUACCAGGUCCCUUCAGCACAUUGGCAAAGGGCUCAAAAGAGAAUAGAUGGGCUUGUUUCCAGCAAGGCAAUGAGAUAAAACAACCUUCAAAACUCAAACUGCCCCCGUUUGGAGGAAUGCAGCAACCUAGUGCUGAUGAAGGAAAAGAUGAACUCAGUACCGCUUCUGGCAUUAGCUGGAGUAAGUCCGUUCGGUAAAGUUUACAGGGGAUUAUGUGAAUUGUAUUGGACGAGGGCAUGAAUUGAGCUUUCUGAGUUUUUGGCAUUCGACUAAGACUGCCAAAUGUUUGUCCGGGCAGAAGAAUAAGUGCAUAAAUCGGGUCAUGAAGUAUCAAGAUCUUGCGGAUGGAUACACAAUUUAGAAUCCCUCAACUAACUAUAGAAGAGUCAUUUUUAUACCCAAAAUUGCUAAUCAUUUUCACAGGUGCAUUCCUAGUUGUGAAAUACACAGUUUAGUGUAAUCUUCUUUUGAUUCAUAAUAUACUGUUGUCGACCGAAAUUGUAUAGCAAGAAUACCCAUGUUGCAUAUGAAACAAUCUUUCUUAGAAGAAAUUUUCUUAUUA